GAUACAGGGCCGUUCAUCAGAGAACUGUGUCAAACGGUGAUGCUGCAGCUUGAACCGAGACUGGAAUUUCAGGAAUAUUUUCAGUUUUGCCGGACAGGACGGUCUGAGUCAUUCAAUCUUUAAGGAAAGUCUGUUUAAGUUGUCAGGAACCAGCACUCAUCUAAAUUCCCUUUGAAUGCUCCUCCAUGAAGAUAAUCUGCUCGGAUUCCAUUCUUUAAACCCAGUUCAAUGUCUGAGGAUUCCAAACCAUACCUGUUCUCCUCCCUGGAGGGGCAGGAGGAGGCGGCUGGCUGUAGUUCCAUGGCGACGCUGCAUUGCAUGGGCAGUUUUGCAGAGGGGGCCGAGCUUGGCCUGGCGUCGGAAGGCAGCGACAGCAGCCAGGACCCACCGGCCUCACUGCACAGCAACCGAAAGAUGGCACAUUCCUUGCACGAGGAUGUUGAGAUGAAGAGUAGUGGAUCCAGUGGGAGUGGAACGGAAUCCCAUGGUAAUGAGUCACAUGGUAAUGAUUCCCAUGGAAACGAGUCCCAUGGAAAUGAGUCUUCUGGGAGUUCCAAUGGCCGAAGCAAGGAUUCAGCACUUUUAGAGUCAUUGGGGAGUAACAAAAGCUUAAACUCUCACAGUCCAUCGCCACCCAGCAGCACAAAUGCAUUCAGCCUUCUUAGUGCCAGCUCUGAGCAAGACAACCCGUCUACCAGCGGCUGCAGUAGUGAAGAAUCUGCCAAGGCAAAGACUCAGAAAGAGUUGAUCAAAACUUUGAAGGAACUGAAGCUCCAUUUGCCACAAGAGAAAUGGAACAAGGGCAGCAAAUCCACCACACUUAACACCCUGAAAUAUGCCCUGCGCUGCGUCAGACAGGUGGAGGCAAAUGAAGAAUACUAUCAGCUGCUUAUGAUUAAUGACAGUCAGCCAUCAGGGCUUGAUGUUUCAUCGUAUACCAUAGAAGAAAUAGACAGCAUCACCUCUGAAUACACUCUCAAAAACACAGAUAUCUUUGCCGUGGCCGUGUCACUCAUCACUGGGAAGAUUGUCUACAUUUCAGACCAGGCAGCCUCCAUCUUGAAUUGCAAACGGGACGUGUUCAAGAAUGCUAAGUUUGUGGAGUUUCUCACACCGCAGGAUGUUAGCGUGUUCUAUAGCUUCACUACACCAUACAGACUGCCAUCCUGGAGCAUGUGCACUGGAGCAGAGUCAUCGCCAUCAGACUGCAUGCAGGAGAAAUCCUUCUUCUGUCGCAUUAGCGGCGGUAAAGAGUGUUACGGAGAUCUUCAGUACUAUCCCUUCAGAAUGACUCCAUAUCUGAUGAAAGUUCAAGACACAGAGCAUUCAGAAGAUCAGUUCUGCUGCCUCUUGUUGGCUGAGAGAGUGCACUCUGGCUAUGAAGCUCCCAGAAUCCCCACAGACAAACGGAUCUUUACCACAACACACACUCCCAGCUGUGUGUUUCAAGAUGUAGAUGAGAGGGCGGUACCGUUGCUAGGAUACUUGCCACAGGACCUGAUUGGCACACCUGUCCUAAUGCACCUGCACCCCAGUGAUCGACUAAACAUGCUCGGCAUCCACAGGAAGAUCUUACAGUAUGCUGGCCAGCCAUUUGACCACUCCAUCCGCUUCUGCGCACGUAACGGAGAGUACGUCACCAUAGAUACCAGCUGGUCCAGCUUCGUCAAUCCAUGGAGCCGCAAGGUUUCCUUCGUCAUCGGCAGACACAAAGUUCGCAUGGGUCCAGUGAACGAGGAUGUUUUUGCAGCUCCGGCCGCAGCUGAGGGCAAAUCCUUAGACUCAGACAUCCAGGAAAUUACUGAGCAAAUACACAGACUCCUGCUGCAGCCGGUGCACAACAACGGUUCAAGUGGCUAUGGAAGCCUCGCCAGUAAUGAUCAUCUGAUGAGUGUAGCAUUGUCCAGUGAGAAUAAUGGUAAAGGAACACGGCAACCAUGUGAGGAAGAAGACGUUAGCCAAACCAAACCGAGGAGCUUUCAGGAGAUCUGCAAAGGGGUUCACAUGCUGAAAAACCAGGAGCAGCUGUUGAAGAGGAGCCCUACAAGUACGUGCAGAAAUCCAUCUUCAUCUGUCAUCUGUGUCUAUGUCUUGAAAUCCGUGCCUAAAUAUUGUACCUUCUUCCCUGCAGAGUUUCUCCAGAAAGGUCCCGUGGUUCGGCCCAAAGACUCGGCGAACCCUGUGAAUUUGAGAGAGUCCACUGAAGACCAGAGAGCGGCUGUUCAAGAGGAGCUGGCCUUCAAAGAUCAGACUGUCUGUUCCUAUCAGCAAAUUAGUUGCCUGGACAGCGUAAUCAGGUAUUUGGACAGCUGUAACGUGCCCAUCACAGUGAAGAGGAAGUGCCAGUCUUCCUCAAACACAACAUCCUCUAACUCAGAUGAGGACAAACGGAGAGGCGUUGAGAACUCCAUGCAGGUGACUGAAGAGUCUGGCCAUCUGAAGGACCAACCAGGUCUCUCGUCAUUAGAUAUGUCCAAGAAGCCGCCAGGUUCUGGUGUAGUGAGCCCGUCUCUAACACCACUUCCGUUGCCCAGUAAACCUGAAAGUGUGGUUUCCAUUACCAGCCAGUGCAGCUACAGCAGCACCAUAGUACAUGUGGGAGACAAGAAAGUUGUAUCAACAAGACACAUCUCUACAAAGCAAGAGUUCUCUUCCAAACUUCACUUGCAAAAAAUCAUUGAAGACGUUCCCAGUGCUGAAGGAACUGAAGGUCAGUGUCUCGUUGUGCCCCCGGCUGCUGUCUCACCCCAAUGCCAGGAGAGAGAGACUUACAAGAAACUGGGCUUGACCAAGCAGGUUCUGGCAGCACAUACGCAGAAAGAGGAGCAGGCAUUUCUCAGUCGCUUCAGAAAGCUGCAAGGUGUGCAUGGUUUUAAAGCAGACUGCUCCCACUAUCUGGAGAAACAGAAAGGACAGGUCGCAUCUGAGGCUGUGCCUGCUGUUCGCUCAUGUAAGCAGGUUGGUGCUGCACCGGAGACAACCGUAACUCGCCGAGGUCGAAACAAAAAGACCAAAUCCAAACGCAUCAAGCCGAACGAGUCAUCUGAAAGCACCACUUCUGGUCGCAGACCAGCACCCAGACCUCAGCUGCAGGGACUCUACCAGACCUCCUGGUCUCCUUCAGACACAUCUCAGUCCACGUACCCCGUCACCUACCCGGCCGUGAUGCCCGCGUAUCCUCUCCAAGUCUACCCGGGGGCUGGUACCAUACCACCCAGGGUGGAUGCUUCUAUGUCGGGUUUUGAAAACAGUCAGUGCAACCAGGAUCCACAAAUACCAAUGCAGCCCAUUCAGACACCAUACAAUGCCCCUUUGGUGACGCCCAUGGUUGCCCUGGUACUGCCGAACUACAUGUUCCCUCAAAUGGGUAGCACGCCAGGGCAGCCUUUCUACCCAAAGCAGGGGAGUUUCCCUGCCCAGCCUCCCUUUCAACCGCAGCCUGGUUUCCCCACACAGACGCAAUGUCCUCCGCAGUCCACUUUUACAAUACAGACUAAAUUCACCCCUCAAAACCCUUUUACCCCACAGCCUCCAUUCAAAACACAGCCAUUUACGUUCACGUGCCCGGACGAGACCCCAAAACCACCCACCCCUGAGCGGCCAUCACGGAGUCCCACCCCUCAGUCCAUGGGUGGAGGGGGACCGCCCUCCCCUCCUUUGUUCCAGUCGCGAUGCAGCUCGCCAUUGCAGCUCAACCUCCUGCAGUUAGAAGAGACCCAGCGCUCUGCUGAGAGACUGGAGACCACAGCGCCCUCUGUUGUGCAGCAGGGGAACAGCAGUAAUACUGUGGAGAAAGCAGGGAGUGCAACUGGGCAGGCCAAAUCUGACAAGGAUGUGCCACAAGAUGAAAGUUCACCUGUCAACGUCCAACAUAGCGAUGAGUUCUCAUUGUCUAGUGACCUGCUGGACAUCCUUCCAGAGGACUCGCAGUCUGGCACCGGUUCUGCCACCUCAGGAUCCAUGGGCUCUGGUUCUAAUGGCUGUGGAACAUCUGCCAGUGGUGGAUCUGGCAGUGGAACAGGAAGCAGUCACACAAGCAACAACAGCAGUAACUACUUCGGCAGUGUUGAUUCUUCGCAGAAAUCCCAUAAGACCAAAGGACCAGGCUCCGGUUCCGGUUCCGGCUCGUGUCCGCAGGCGUUGGAAGGGAGUGAGAACCUGAUCAAGUAUGGACUGCAGGACCCACUGUGGCUGCUCAUGGCUGACGUGGACGAAGAUGUUAUGAUGUCAUACCAGCUACCUUCUCGUGAUAUUCAGAAAGUUUUGAAGGAGGACAAGGAGAAGUUGAGGCAGAUGCAGAAAAGUCAGCCAUGCUUUACAGAAGAACAGAAGAGAGAGCUGGCAGAAGUGCAUCCCUGGUUGAGAAGAGGUGGGCUGCCCAAAGCCAUCAACGUCAAGGCAUUUUUUGGUUGCGAUGAGGUCAGUGAAACACUAACAGAGGACGAGUCGCCAGACCUGCACAUGGGAGAAAGUGAAAGCAGUGAUGUUACCAUGCCCCCAGCCAAUAGCAAUGAAGACCCUACACAUUCAAAAGCACAUGCCUGUCCUGGACCUGUCACCUAACACCCAUGUGUACAAACCUCAUCUGAUUGGACAAUGCUGACAUUUUAGCACUGAGAGAGUGUGUCUGCCACAGCCACAAACCUUUAAUUAAGAUAGGCUGUAGUGAGAUGAUUGUGUGUUUGUUUCUGUGUUUGUGUUUUGUACAGAUGUGUAAAUACACAAUUUGAAUGGACGGAUGGAUGAAUCGAUGCAUAAAUGAAUGUGAAAGCAAAUAAGAGUAAAAGAUAUUUCCAGACAGUUUAAACUGUCUCAGAAGCCAGACUCAGGACUGUUCAGUGACCACAGCUGUUUGGAUGGAGUAUUAAAAUGAUAGUUCACCCAAAAAACAAAAAGAAUGUCAUCAUUUACUCACCCGCAUGUUGUUGCAAACCUGCAAAACUGACUGUUCUCUGUGGAACACUAAAGGAGAUAUAAGGCAGAAUGUUAGCCUUAGUCAUGAUUCACUUUCAUUGCAUAUUUUUUUCCAGACAUUGAAAGUGAAUGGUGACUGAGAGUGUUAGUCCCUUUUGUGUAUCACGCAAAAGAAAGACUUCUGGAACGACACCAGGAUGAGUAAUGACAGCAGAAUUUUCAUUUUUGGGGUGAAGUAUGCCCUCCUUUCUAGUGUUAUCCUGAAAUGUUUUUGUUGAUGUACAUACACUGCUGUCUGGGAUUUUCUGUGACUGAGUUAUUUUCCUCUUUGCAUUUCUUUUUUUACUACAUAAAAUGUUUUAUAUGUAUUUUUCCCCUUCUAAAUACAGACGUUAAGCACUUAAAAAAGUUCUUCUGAGGUUUGAUAGUUGUGUUUUGGGAUAGGUAUCUGAUAUCCAGUCAAUUCACAAUCCUACACAGAGAACUUGUAGUUUAUGAGCUUGAAUAUUAUUUAUUAAACUAGGACAGUUCAAAGGUACUUGGACUUAAGAGAACAUAGUCAGAUAACUUUUGUUUACAAUGGCAGCUUAUUUAUUCAGUUAGUGGGUGAAUCUAAAAGCUCAAGUUACAUUUAGCGUUACGUAGAAGAGUUGGGCUAAGAAGUUUAGGUGCUAUUUUCUUAUUCGGACUGUCUAUUUUGUUUCAAAGGCAGUCUACCUGAUAGUCUGUUUCAAUGUAGCAUCUCAGUGUUAAAUUCUCCUCUUUAUUAAGGCCAAGACUAAUGCUUUGCUCAGAGGUGUAAUAACCGCCCUGACAAAAGUCUCAGUCCAAUCUAUGAUCUCCUGUGAAGACCUGUCCAACACAAUUACUAAAGCACAGAAGCACUUUAUUAUGGAUGAAUGGGCCAAAUGACAUUAAAUAUUGCAUUUUUAGGUCUCCAUUUUGAAAGUAAUUUAAAUACCUUUUAAAUAGCUUUGUAGAACCGCUACGGUUAAAAGGCGCUAUAUAAGUGCAACAAGUGUGCUUGAUUUGGCAUUAAGCUUAGUGUUGAAAAAACAGGUAUUGUUCUGUAAAAUAUGUCAAUGCAUAACAUUGUAAAGAAAUAUGUGCUUGCAUUCUGUCACUUUCAGAAAUCUUGGAUAUAUUGUAUUCCUUUGUGGUGUCCUCAUAUAUAUAUAUAUAUAUAUAUAUAUAUAUAUAUAUAUAUAUAUAUAUUAAUAAAGUUUAUUUGGAAUAAAGUCAUU